AUGGCGAGCUUGACAAGCGAUGCAAAUGAAGGUGGCUACCUAGGAGUCGCAUCUGGUGCAGCACUUUUACGAAUCACUGACACGGCUUCAACGGGGCUGACUGAUCGCUACGAUUCAGAAAAAUAUAUGGAUUCUGUUAAUAACACAAGUCGGAGCGUUCCGUUUGUCUGGACCUCUUCAGGUCAGCUAGAGCCAUUUGUCGAGGCUUAUUUCUCUCUAUACCACCGCUCAUAUCCAAUCGUCCAUGAGGCAACCUUCCGCGCUCAGUUUAUGGAAGUAAUUCCUCGACCAAGUGGCAAUGUGUGGUAUGUACUGCUGUUUGUCUUGUCAGCAGUAGGAUUCACAGCGUCAACACAGCCUUCGGAUGUUGAUAUUGGACUCUUCGAAGCCGCAAAAGCACGAAUGUCAAUGGAUAUGCUGGAAACCGGCAAUCUACUACUUGUUCAGGCAUUGGUAUUGAGCGCCAAUCUCAUGCAAAAGAGAAACAAGCCUAAUUCAGGCUAUAACUAUAUGGGUCUGGCGCGUCGAAUCGCGAUGGGCAUUGGCCUCCAUAAAGAAUUUCCAGUUUGGGAAGCGAGUUUGUUCACCACAGAAAUGAGACGGAGGAUCUGGUGUUGUUUAUACAUUUUUGACGUUGGCGCUAUCAUCACAUUUUCACGGCCUCUUGACUUUCCUAACGAUGGAAUUGACGUGGAACUACCGAUGAAUGUUCACGACAGUGACAUCACGGCUGGCACCAAGAGACUCCCCCAGCCUGCGAACGAAACCACAGUUUAUACGCAUCUCCGAGCCCAAGCCACAUUUCAUAUGGCUACAAGUCCAAUAUACUCAAAGAUCAUAUCUUCACCGUUCCCAUCUGCAGCGGAGCUUAUAGAGCUCGAUGACCGACUCAUUGGAUACUGGUUGGCUAAUUUGCCCCCUUAUUUCCAAGAGAAUGUUCCCCAAACCCAAAAAUUUCGCUUAUGUCAUUCGAUCAUGCGAUGGCGGUAUCGAAAUUUUCGAAUCUUUAUGUAUCGCCCAUUUCUAGUUGGAAGGCUCAUGGCCCGACCGGAGAGAGAUGAAGGCGAUUUGGGAGGUACUGAAAACGAGAAUGAGAGCGAGAUCGCCAUUCAGAGGUGCUUAGAUGCCGCCCGUGAAUCAGUUGGGUUGAUCGCAAAUUUCUGGGAACAAGAGCAGCAGAUUAUUUGCUUGCGAAAUAACCCACAGCACAUGCUGGCCGAGGACUGGCGCAGACAGAUACUGCAGGCGAUGCCGAUUUUGGAAUCGAUGGCGCACCUGAAUCAUUCGUCUUCACGUUGUCUGGAGGUUAUUCGUUCUUUGUGUGGAUCUUAUCUUGAUCCCUCUAUUGUUGGGUGGGGACCGACCGAGGAAUCACCACAGACUCAGCUUGCGAACUUGUAUCCGCUGAUGUGGCCCACGCUGGACACAGUUCAACCUGAUGGAAUGGAUUCGAUUCUCCAAGAGUCAACUAUUCUUGAUUUUAUGAACCAACUGCCUUAA